AUGACAGCUGUGGGCAGCGGAAAGCAGUGUUCGCGCUGAGAUUUGAGUUUGGCUGAGUGCAGCUCUCCCCCAAAGCCCCCUGUAACUGCAGGACCCCCAUUCACAGUGUAUGGAGCGCUUUGUGCUGGUGGUGGCCUGGGAUAGGAGGGUUGAGGAGGACAAGAAGCUCAUACCUGCAGGUACAGACUGUAUUAUCACCCACUGUGGAUGCUCUCUCUCUCAGGACUACAUCUCCCACAAUGCUUAGCUGUCAGCAGGCUUGCUGUACUCCAUUAUAGCUGGAUGUCCAACUUUGAAAGGGACAACUAAUAAAUGUGGCUCUGUGACUUUCCCAAAAUCCUGUAAAACUGCUACAGGGUGGUACGGUUAUAUUCCAGAGACCAUGUUAAAGGACCACUUUAGGCACCCAGACAACUUCAGCAGGUCCAGCUAGGGUUAACCCCGCCUGCUGUAAACAUAGCAGUUUCAGAGACCCUGCUAUGUUUAUAAUAGGGUUAAUCCAGCCUCCAGUGGCUGUCUCAUUGACAGCCGCUGGAGGCGCUUCUGCGAGUCAAGACGCCAGCGUCCAUAGGAAAGCAUUGAGAAUACUUUCCUAUGGACUGACUGCGCGUGCUGCUCUUGCCGCGCAUUCAGCUGAUGACGACCGAAGGAGGAGGAGAGUCCCCAGCGCCACUCCCCGCCCCCCCGCAGCGCCACAGGAGGGGGACCCUGAGGGUGGCGGCAUCCUCGGGGCACUAUAGUGCCAUGAAAACAAGAUUGUUGGUUUGUUUGUUUUCCUGGCACUAUAGUGGUCCUUUAAAUCAAAAUACCGAAGCUUUAUUGUACAAACUCCUAUAAGGAUUAUGAAAUGUUCUGCAAAAAUGGAGUUAAUGUGUAUGGGUGGAAAAAAAAAAAUGCUUUAUAAAUUUACGUUUCAUAUAUAAAUAUUUGAUGUGAAAUGAAAGCCUUAUUUCAUCUGAACAAAAUGAUAUGUAAUAAGUGUGGCUGCACUUAAUAUGAAAGCGGUAAAUUAUAGUCAAACGAACAUAUAGCUCAUGUUCUAGGUUUUGGUCAAAACUUGUACAAUUGCCACUGUCCUUAAAGGGUUAAGUAGAAAAUUAGAGUAUCUUAUAUUUUUCCUGUGGCUAGCAAUGCCCACGCUAUGCCACCUUGGCUGAAAUCAUCAAAAUAUAUUAAGUCUGCCAAUCCAAGGCUUUCCAAUUGGAAAGCAUUUGGAGGCUAUCAUACAUGCCCAGCAAAACAUUGUGCUGUGCUAACCAGCAUCUCAAUUGAAUCAAUGCAUCUCUUCGGGGAACGUUCAGCUCCUCCAUGCAGAGAGUGGAGACGUCGAAACGUCAGUGCACCAUGAAGCGCCUCUGAGUGACUUCCGCUGGAGUUGUCACUUUUUUUUUUUUCUUUUUUCUUUUUUUUUUUUAAUCUUUAUUUUCAUCCACCCUGUUUAGCAAGAACAUUCCAUUGGUUUCCAUGGUGAUUGUUUCUUUCGUUUUUUUUUUUUUUUUUAGAAACAGUUUAUAUCUGAAAUCAUUAUUGCUUGUUACGAAUGAGUCAUCUAUUCACUAAAAAGUUUGUAAUUGUAACUUUUUUUUUCCCCCUUAAUUUUUAGGUUUUGCAAAUGUCCAGGAGCUUCAUAACCAACUGAAGGAGUACUGUGCCAAAUACACAAACACAUUCACAGGUACAUUCACUUUUAAACAACUUGUAAAUAACCAACGUUAAAAUCCAGUAUAUGGAACACUCGGAACUGUGGUUGUACGUGCACUGCCCAUAUUUCUUAAACAGUUCAUUAAUCCACAAGAUUAAAAACAGAAAAUGAAUACAUUUCUCAGAAUAACUGGUGUUCUUUUACACAAAUUCUUGUUUUCCAGCCUGUUCAGUGACCGGUAUUCCGGUGGUAAGGAAGUGGUUCUUUGCUCUGCAUGCUGUUUAUGGAUCUUUCCAGGUAAAAUACAUGUGCUUUUCCAAGUCCAUUGUGUGAGUAAAGGUUCUCACAUUGUACUCGUGUUUACUGUGAUGUUUUUUUUUGUUUUUUUCUCUCAGUUCUGUAGCUCUGACUGGGAAGACUUGUCUCCGCCUCCUGCAUCAGACGAUGACAUUGAUCCUGCUACAACUACGAUUGAAGAAUGCUUAAAUGCCAUUCACAACUCGGAGGAGGAAGAUGAGGAGGACAGCAGAGACUCUAUUAGCCAAACUAGGUAUGAGAGCAGAUUAUACGGUGAUGUGAUUAUUUUUCUUGCUGUGGAAUAGUUAUCCCAAGAGGAACAUGGUUGUGAAAUAUAGAUCGAUAUUCCAUAUCAGAGCAACGUAAAAUAACAUUUCUUUAUGUUGAUGCUAUAAAAGUAUAUACAGUGCAAGAGAGCAUCUGAUGAGUAAAAUGCCGUCACUUUAUCAAUUCUGCUUUUAAAUGAUCUCUGGCCUUAUAAGGACAAGCUUUAUUGCUUACUACAGCAGAGGACAGAGGCAAGACGCCACCCAUGUGUGUUUGUAAACUUUGAAUUUUGCGUAGAAGUCCCAGCUUAGACACGUUUGAUUAGUUUGUAUUUAUAUUUCCAAUGCUGUUUCUGUCAUUCAGUACCAGAAUGCUGGCAAGAUAUUUUGCAGUAUCAUGAGAAUCUAUGACUUCUUGGGGGGGGGGGAAACAAUGUAAUUCCAUUUCUCCUCUCUCUUUUCACUCAGUUUAUUUGAAGAGUCUGCAGAAUUGCUUCACCAACUGUCUGACAAACUUCCCGCACCAGGUUAUUGCUUUUUCUUGUUCAUGAUCAUAGUGUUUAUUAGUAUCUAAAUCUGCUUAUGGUAAACAGAUCCCCCUUAUUGUCAAUACAACCUUACUUAAAGCGACACUAUAGUCACCAGUGCAACUUCAUGUAUUCCUGACCCUAUAGUGUUAACACGACCAUCUAGCCACCUGGGCCCCUCAUGCCUCCAUAAAUAUAGUAAAAAUAUUACUGUAUUCAAGCCAGAAGCUGUAACUCUGCAUGCUGUUUGACUCAGAAAACAAGCAGUCUGCUGACAUCAUCAGAAGUGGUAGCCUGAUCCAAUCACAAUGCUUCCCCAUAGGAUUGGCAGAGACUGACAAAGAGGCAGAUCAGGGGCAGAGCCAGCAUGAUUCAAACACAGCCCUGGCCAAUCAGCAUCUCCUCAUAGAGAUGAAUUGCAACAAUGAAUCUCUAUGAGGAAAGUUCAGUGUCUGCAUGCAGUGGGAGGAGAUACUGAAUCACAGGAUGCUCGUGCACAGCAGAUCUGAGUGGAUGGAGGCAUAUUAUGCCUCCAUCAACUCAGAAAUCCCUUUUGUUCACUCUGAGUGACUGCAACUGGAGGUGUUCCUAGCUUUCAAUAUAAACACUGUAUUUUCUCAGAAAAUGUACUGUGGGACAACACUGUACUGUGUACAGUGUUUACAUGAGAGAGGCUGCAGGGAGCUAUAGUUCUCACCUGAACAACCUCAUUAAGCUGAAGUUGUUCAGGUGACUAUAGUGUCCCUUUAACAUAUAUAUAUGCUUGGUGUGAUUGAUUUAAUGUUUCUGAGUGCCUUUCAUUAUAUUAAACCUAAUAUUUUCACAAUGAAAACAUUAGUGGAAGUUAGUGCCUUCUAUAGGGGUUGAAACUGCCUUUAAGAUACCAGUUAUUAUAACUUCUAUUCCGUUGAAAAAAAGCAUAGUCUAAACAUUGGGGCUGUGGUCUCCACUCUCUAUGCACACGUGUGUCUUACAUUGCUUUGAAAAUAAAUUUGAAAGGAUAUUAAUUUGUUGAUAUUUUGUACCAAUAAAGAUUAUCCUUUUUACACCUGUGGUACGCUAUGGUUUUUGCUAAGAUAUUUAAAAAAAACAAGGACUUUAUUAUGUGUACCUCUAAUGUGUACAUCAUGGUUACCUUUUACCAUAAAACCAUCCUUGUGCUUAUUACUAAAAUGAACUUGGGCACCGACCGUCCUCUUAAUGAAUCCCCCAUGAGAGAAACUAAAUUUCAGAAAAUGGCAAUGUCAUCAAAACUUUAUCUGUAUUAAUAAAUGAACACUUUAGGGUCAGAAACACAAACAUGUAUUCCCGACCCUAUAGUGUUAAAACUACCAUUUUGGCGACUUGCCCCCUUAAAAGGUAAUAAAAUGUACCUUAUUUUCAGCAUUGUGCGGGUCCAUUGGCGCCGCCACUCCUAAGAUCCGCCUCCUUGCUGACAUCAUCAGAAUUUAUGAUUUAAGCCAAUGCAAUGCUUUCCCAUGGAAUCAAUGCAUCUCUAUGAGGAAAGUUCAGCAUCUCCAUGCAGAGCGUGGAGACACUGAACGGUAGAGCUGCCUACUGCGCAGCACUGAGCCAGGAAGCACCUCCUGUGGCCAUCUGAGGAGGUGUCCCUUGGGGCAAUGUAAACUGAAAAGACUGUGUUUGCAUAAAAAUGCCUGAAAGCAAUGAAAGCAACUACAUUAAGCUGUAGUGACUAUAGUCUCCCUUUACAGAAUUACAAAUAAAAACCGCAGACUAUGGAUUAAAACACAAAACAUUUUGAAAGGAUUUACAGGCUUAGAAAUAGUUUAUGCAAAAUUGUAGAGAGUCUCCAGUUUAAAGGGACACUAUAGUCACCAGAACAUCUACAGCUUAAUGUAGUUGUUCUGGUGAGUACAAUCAUUGCCUUCAGGCAUUUUCAUGCAAACACUGCCUUUUCAGAGAAAAUGCAGUGUUUACAUUGCUCCCUAGGGACGCCUCCAGUUGCCAAACCUUAGAUGGCUGCUAGAGGUUCUUCCUGGGGAAAUAAGGUGAGUUUUAAUUGCUUUUAAGAGGGCUAAGGUGGGGGAUGUAAGCCACCUAAAUGGUGGGUUUUGCACUAUAGGGUCAGGAAUACAUGUUUGUGUUCCUGACCCUAUAGUGUUCCUUUAAGUAUUGGCAUAAUAGUACAGGAGAUAACAAGUGUGGGCCGAAUCAGGGCUUGCAAUACAUACAAUGCAGUUUCUUUCCUUCUGUUAUUUUUAAAACAAGAGUUGGGCAUGUAAUCCAUCAAAUGCUGGUGGGGGGGUGUUGCAUAAAUGUAAUUUAGAUUGGGAUAAUGACAGCAGGGAUGUGAAUUAAGUAUAAGAAAAACCUAAUUUUACUAAUUAAUUUAAUUUAUUCUAACUGUUCCUAUCUAGGGAGAGCUCUAGUAGAUGUGCUGUUGCUAUCGUCUCACGCUCCCAAAUUGAAGGAUUGCAUUCCUGCAGUCGGUGCUUUCAAACAUCUCAAGGAAUGGCACACUGCCAAAAUAACCAUUGCUACAAAAGACAGCAAAGGGUAAGGAUUCAUUGCAGUCAUGCAAAACUGAAAUAUAUAAAGUGCUUUUGUAAGAAAAUCCUUCUAAUCUUUUCAUUUCCCACAUGUCCCCUUCUUAUGUCAUUGAGCAAAUUCAGGGAUUAUUUAAAAAUCUGUCUAUAUCUUCUCUCUUCCAGACUGUAUGUGUAUUGGCUGCUGCUGCCACGUGAUUUAAUGGACAGCACAGGCUAUAUGUAUGCAUGUUUGUGUACUUGUAUAUAUGCUUGUUUGUGUAAUUAAUUCCAAUACGUCUUACACUAGUAAGUCCAUUUGGAUCUUUGGAUCACUGAAAGAACUACGCUGAAUUUGAGUCAAGCCGAUAUGAUCAAUACUUCACAGAUGAAUUUUGAUGCUAAUAACUGUUUACCGCAUCAGUGGGUUUUAUUUGUGGGGACACAAACUGAAUGAAACCACCUGUACAUGUUAACAGAAUCAGGCAGAAGCAAUCAACCACCACCCACGAGCCAUAUUGUUUACAGAACUAACCAGGAAGUUAAUUUGUCAAGUAUUUGGUCAACCGAGCUUACUCACAACUACUGUAUAGCUUUCAAUACAAGGCAUAGAGCAAUCUGUAUCUUACCCAUUACUGGAGCUCCUUCUAUUCAAAACAGAGAGAAAAGAAAGGACACUGCUUGUGCUUUAGCUGCAGUUAGACAAUUCACAGCAGUAUUUAGAUGGGAAAGGUUUCUUAUUAUGCCAUCAGUAUCUUCAUCAGGGGCCUCUGUGUUACUCGGCCCCUGGUAGAGUAGUGAUCACUUCUAAUUUAUUUAUUUUAAAGGAAAGUAAAUAAUUCCCUGGGUACUUCCUGCAAAAUAUUAGAUCAAUAAUAAACCAAAAUAAUAGGACAUGUAAGCAAUUUUGUGUCUCUUAGUUCACCCAUUGUACAGCGCUACGGAAUUUGAUGGCGCUAUAUAAAUAAGAGACCCUAAACCCAGUCCUAUCAAAGUUAAGACACUGCACUUCUCGCUUACAUUCUAUUGGAUGCAUUGACAGGAGAUUCCAGCAUAACUGAUGUAUGAUCUUCAUGUGACCUUCAAAGAAAAAUGUAUUUUGUAUAGUACACAACAACAUGUACAGCAAAAGUUUUGUACAUUUUGUAUCAGAUCUUAAAAUUCAAGCUUAAUGCGUUUACCAUUCUCUCUUAAGGUGGCAAAAGAUUUCUAACUUUUUGUCUGCAAGUGUCAUACCCACUGAGACUCUGAAGUCCUUAAUCGACCCCCAGGAAUUAUGGAGAGGGGCAAUUGAGAUCCAUGAGAAAAAGGUAAAGUAUACAUUUUUAUUUUGUUUGGCAUGUGUGUCUGUACAUACGUAUAUGUAAAAUAAUAGUAUUUUGGGUUAAAUGUUUACAUUUGAUCAUAGGCGUGCGCACGGGGGGUGCCGGGUGUGCCUAGGCACACCCUAAUCCCCGCGGCACGCCUGUGGAUUGAGUCCUGCAGGAACAGCACACACACACACACACAUACAGCACCUACACAGACACAGUACACUAACUGCACCUUCACAAACACACACAGCACCAUUAAAAAAAACACAACACCCUCACACACCGCACACUAACAGCACCCUCACACACCGCACACUAACAGCACCCUCACACACCGCACACUAACAGCACCCUCACACACCGCACACUAACAGCACCCUCACAAACACACACACACAAACAGCACCCUCACAAAUACACGACACUCACACAAACAGCACCCUCACACACACAGCACCCUCACAGGACAAAUACACACACACAAACACCCUCACACACAAACAGCACCGUCACAAACACACACUAACAGCACCCUCACACAAACAGCACACACAGCACCCUCACACAGCACACACAGCAGUGUGUGUGUGUGUGUGUGUGUAUAUAUAUAUAUAUGUAUAUAUAUAUAUAUAUAUAUAUACACACACACACACACACAUGCGGCGUGUGUUUGUGCUUUAGGGUGCACACCCUAAUGCAAUAGGCUGCGCACGCCUAUGCAUUUGAUGUUUAGUGAAUACAAUGCUUGCAGGCAGAAAUGGAUGAACAAUGGGACAAUUGGUUUUCUGCACUUGUCUGUCCUGCAUUGCUUUGCUGCUUGAGAUCGAUGAUGUCAGCCAAUCUAGUGCUUUUGGUGGCUAGUGUCCAUGUGCAGCAAAAGGCCAUGCUGUGCUAACUACAUGGUCUCUAUAAUAAGCGCCAGGGUGUCACAGUGAUGGCCACUAGAGGCAUUUCAAUCCUUCAAGGCAAACAUUCCAUUCUUGCAACAACAAAAUUUUCAUUUGCAGGAUUACAACUAGAGGGAGAUGACACCCAGACCACUUCACUAGGGGCCGUCAGAGUCCCUUUAAGCUCACAAAACCCUAUCCAAGACUGUUUUGCAUGAAUUGUGUCUUAAUAAUAUGCAUGUUUUUAACAUUGCUGUGUUUCAUUCUCUGCUUCUUCAAAUUGCUUCCCUAGUUUGCAUCUGAAGUGGAAUUUCCAGCAUUUUGUAUACGUUCCUCUGAUAACACAGAUCGGCUCUGUAUCUCAGGACUCAGCCAUGUCAUUGAAGACAACAAGGAUAAAAAGAGAAGCGUUUUAUCACCAGAGGUAUGAUUUUAUUCAAGUAGUUUUAGUUAAGUAAUGCUGAAGUCUGGUUUUGGGUGGGGGAAAGAAACUCAUUGAAUUAUUUAAAAAAAAUUUUAAUGUUAUUAUAAUGAAUCAUAAUCUUGCUAUUUUUUUAUUACAUUUUAUAUUGUUGUCUUUGCAGGUCUUCCACUACUAUGGCCCAUCACUAAAGUUUGUUCAGAUGGUGGAAGUUUCACAAAUUCCUUCUUACUUUAUUUCAAAUUGUGUGUUUGAGCUGUAUCCUUGUAAUCUGGCACCCCACCUUCUCCAACUUCCAGUGCUCUCUCUGAGAUACACAUGUCAAGGGGAGCAUCCCCUUUUGGUUCUGUAAAACAGAAAUUGUUUUUCAUGAAUGGCUUUAUCCACCCAAAACCAAGGUUUAUUAAUUAAGGCUUAUGCUUUAAGCCAUUAUGAUAGAAACAGAUUAUGUGUGCUGAGAUGUUGGUACUCCAAUAAUGGAAUUUAAAGGAUGUAUUUCUGACCGUAUAGUGUUAAAAUCACCAUCUAGUCACCCCCUUGCCACCCAAAAUAUAGUAAAACUGUACCUUUAUUCCAGACUACUGCUGGCUCUUCCCCUGAUCUGCCUGCUUGGCUGACAUAAUCAGAAGUGGAGUUCUGAGCCAAAAACAAUGCUUUCCAAUAGUAUUGGCUGAGUCUGUCAAGGAGGCCAACACAAGCCAAACACAGCCCUGGCCAAUCAGCAUCUCUUCAUAGAAAUGCAUUGAGUCAAUUCAUCUCUAUGAAGAAAGUUCAGUGUCUCCAUACAGGGGGUGGAGACAUUGGAUGGCAGUACUGCACACUAUGCGGCACCUACCCAGGAAGCACCCACAGUAGCCAUUUGAUGAGUGGCCAGUGGAGGUAUGCCUAGGCUGCAAUGUAAACACUGCAUUUUUUUUAUGAAAAGACCAUGUUUACUGCAAAAAGCAUGAAGGGAAUAAUUACACUCACCACAAAUCCAAUAAGCUGUAGUUGUUCAGGUGACUAUAGUGUCCCAUUAAAUGUGUUUUCAUAAUAGGGUGGUAAUUGCACGCGUCGUUGACUUAAUAUGUGAACCUUGAAUGAAGGAGGGGAGUCAUUACUGGAAAAUAUAAAAUGCACUUUUACCAGAAGUAAUGGUUUAAACAUUGUUUUUAUUAUUAUUAAAUAAAAUAACAAAAUAAGUCUAGAUGAAACUGUAAAGGACAUUCAGAUUGAAAGUGACACAUCCAGAAAGAGCCUUCUGGAUGCAAUAGUAAAAUCUAGCAACCCAUUUAAAUAUAUAUAUAUAUAUAUAUAUAUAUAUAUAUGUGUAUAUGUAAAUAUGGAGUGUGUUUAAAAAAAAUUUUAUGCUAUCCUUAACAAUCAUUAGAUGUUUGACACGAAACUCUCAUCAUACAAAGUCCAAACUGAUGUUGAAUCAACUAUACUCACUGAACGGAAAGGUACAUUCUCUCUGUACAUGUAUUUUGUUGUGAAACAGUGGGUAAAAUUUUUGAGGUGGGGUUGAUUUAGGUUUCCACACUACAGGGAGCAUUCUACUGGAAAGAGAGAAAAGUACAUAAAUAUAUUAAAAGUGUCUUUGUGAUCACAAAUCAUAUUUGUACUUUUAAAAUUGUAAAUCAGAUUUAUUUUUAAUUUGGUAGAAUUUUUUAAUUUUAUUUUUUAAAUUUAGUACUAGCUAUUCGCUAAUCUGGUAUUUGCAAGGGGAAUUCUGUAUGAAGUAUUGCGUUCUCUUCCACUUUCCCCUACACACUAUAUACCGCGGCUUAAUUUAUCUCAAAUAUACAAUUCUCACAAUCUAAUCAUUCUUGCUGUAUUGAAGUAUUUUGAAAUUGGGAUAUAUGUCCAAGAUUGCCACCUCCAGUCUGAGAAGAAAGUAUAAUAUCUGUCGAACUUACUAAACUUUGAUAAAAUGUUUCUAAUAUUGUCCAAAUGUGAUUUAUUCGGGAGGAGUAGGACAGAGCCGCAUUAACAAUAGUAACAAUGGGUGAGCAACACAAAACAAUUUACUGACGCGGUCAUGCUCCAUUAACACUGAACGUCUCUGGGCACAUCAUAUAAAAUCACUUGGCUGCCAUAUUGUAAUUUUAGUUUCUCGUCAUGCUGACCCACAUGACAUAUUUGUUUUGUUUUUUAGGUUGCGGCUGUAUUUAUGUUACCGUGUAAUGUCUGCACCUUGCCUAAUCCACCUGCACCUCAAUGUAGCUCAAGAAAGUGGAGAGAAUAUAUGUCCAGAAAACCUAAAGAAAUCAAGAGUAAGAUUGUCUUUAAAUGUAAGAUUAAAGGUUUAUUCCAAACUGUAAACUGAUAAAUUGCAAAGCGGAGUCAAAAUAGCUGAGUGAACAAAGAUUCAGACAAUGUUGAUUUGUAGAAUUUUAUCAGCUCGCUAGUAACUGUAACUUACGCUUUUGUUAAUAAAAAAAUAAAAAAAAGAUUUUAUUGAAUCAAUAAACUGUUUUGAUAAAUUAAAUGUGUGAAUUCCUGAGGAAAGACUCAUUUUUAAAUAUUAUCGCAACCUUUUUUAAAAAAUGUAUUUAUAAUAUUUUUUCUUUUUUAUAAAGUUCCAGAUGUCGAGCUAAAGGGGGAGAACUGUGGCUAUUAUUUCCUUGUUCAAAGCAAAGUUGAUGGAAUAUGUACAGCAACGAUGCUUCAUUCUUCCAGUCAGAUUAAUGGUGCAGCGUCGUUCUCAUUAUUUUAUCAGAUGCUGAAUUCUACACACGAUGAGAUCCGUAAGUAAAUUCCCCUAUUAUUGCCUUUUCCUGUGUAAAAUCUGCAGAGUAAUGAUCGUGUUAUGUAGACCCUCAUCCAUUAUGGAUUUUGUGAUGUACUAUUUACGUAUUUUUAUUUAUUUUUUUUUUUGUUUCGCUUUUGUUGUCGGGUUGUAUUUUUUUUUUUUUUUUUUUUUUUUUGCCAUUUUGUCUAAUUUAACCUUUUUUUUUUCUUUCUUUUCUUUCUUUCUCUUAAUACUCAUAGGGUUAUUCACUAAAGUGAGCAUUCAAGGGAAUUUCAAAUUUAAGAUUAAAACCUCUAGGCUUUCAAUUUGGUUACUCUGACCUCAAAUUUGAAUUCUCACUUCAGUGAAUACUGCUGCUAAUUUGUUCAAGUAAAUGUUUUUCUUCCUUUAAGGCAAAUUGUUAGUGCAUGUGCUAUAUUUAUUUUUACUUCUUUUUUUUUUUUUUUUUUUAGAAAAUAAAAUAAAUACACUAAGUUGUCUGCAACAUUAUGACGGUGACACCAUUAUCAUGAGAGAACAAGCAGUGGAUCGGUGUCAGGCCUUAGCUGUUAAAGAUUAUUUACGUAAGUCUAUGUAUUCACUGCAUUUUUGCAAACAAAAAAAGAUAUUUUCAGUAUAUCAAUGUUUUGUUUUGUUUUCUUUCAAGAGAGGAGAGAAUCCUGCCAACAUUCAUCUCCUAGUAUCGCUGAUCUCAAGAAACUGUUGGUAUUGACACGAGAAGGUGUGUUUGACAUUUUUGAGACUUUAAACCAGUCCACAAGCCGUGAUAAUAUGGAUGUUACCAGAGCUGAAAUAGAUCCUGCAGGUACAUUAUAUUUUAAUUAUAUUUACAAAUUGAUCUCUAUCUGCGGCUCUGUAUUCUGCAAAAAAGCUAUUGCAUCUUUGAGAUUAAUGUUCCAGUUUCUGUAUCUUUUGAUAAACUUUAGUUUCUGCUCAAACCUCCAAGUCCCAGGUUUGGUUCUCUUCUUCACUCCCUGCACAGAAGAGACUGUCGGUUUUCAUGCAUGGUCUGACCCAAAAGGCAUGAAUAUGGCUGAAGGAUCCUGUAAUGAGUUGUUUUUUUGUUUUUUUUUUACUUUUAUCUGCCAGAGCAUUAAACCCACUGACAUGUGAAGUGAAUAGCAUUGAUUAUAUUUUACAAUGGCACCUGUCAAGGGGUGGGAUAUAUUAGGCAGAAUGUGAACAGUUAGAUCUUCUGCAUAGUUAGAUCAGCUGAUUAGAGCAGUGACAAUUUCACUGCCUCGGAACUGGGAAACCCAGGUUCGUAUAGCAGUCAGACCACCUUACCAGUAAAUGGUCCUAAUGAUCUAAUGAACAUCCGCCAUCCUAAAAUCCUCAUAGAUUGUAAACAUGUUUGAGCAAUGCAUCAGGUUUUCAUUUCUUUGUUGUUUUUUUCUCCAGACUCAGAUCAGGCAGCAUCCAAUCCAGCUGAAUGGCCAGAAAGAAAUGUUCUGCAGAAUCUGGAGAAUUUUGAGAAAAUGAAGCAAAGGAUAAGGUAAAACCACUGUUACUCCUUUGAAUGCAAGGACUGCUGCAAAUUGCAAGCAUAGUCUAGGUAGAAGUUUAUAAUUCCGCAUAUUUCAGACACAGGCGGCUUUGUAACAUGGCAGUUUGUAAUCUUACUUGGGGUCUUCGCAAGUUAUGUAAAGGUAUUGUUAUUAUGUAGGAAUAUUUAUGAAAUAUCCCACAUAGGCCUGGUUUAUAUUCCUGCACAGUUGCAAGAAUUCAGUGGUUACAUUGUAAGCUUGUUUUCGGCAGGGUCCUCAUCAACCAAUUGUUCCUGUAACGUUUUGUAAUUACCCCUUUAUAAUAUUCUAAAGCACUGCGGAAUAACUUGGCGUUCUAUAAAUGCCAAUAAUAUUACAUGGUUCCUUGCAGCAUGGCUUCCAGCGGUUGAGGACAGUGCAUGUGUUGUGAUUUUCUGGCAAGCAUAAUCUACAUGAAAAUUAUCCUUUUAGGCUGUAAUCUCUGCAUGUGUUUUUUUAUUUUUUUAUUUAUUUGUUUUGAAAAAUUUAGAAAUUGUAUGUGAAUAGUCUGCCUCUAUGCUCUUCCCAUAGAAAUGUAAGCUACACAAAUCGAAGGAAGAGUGCAAUCAGAUGGUAAAACGUGUUUGCUCAAAUGUCAAAAAGCACUUCCAAAAUAACAGAAUUACAAGCCCCAUAAGGAAUAUAUUUUGUCAACAUCCCAUUAUCUUUUUUCCUGUUGAUCUGUUUCACAGCUUUGCCCAGUACCUAGACCUAGAGCAAGGGUAUGAAAGAAAUGACAAAAAAAUCUAUUUCUUAUCAUAUUGUAGUGCAGAUCAAAAACUUAUUUUUUAUGCCCAACUAGCUUUAAGUAAACUUACUUUCUUCCUCCCUCAGUUUCCUGUAACAUUUCCUUUGUGUAUUAGCUCCUUUAUAUUAAGUGCUUUGUAUUUUGUUUUGUGAUGUAGCAUACCCUAUAUCUCGUAAUAUUUUUGUGUCUCUGGCUGCAGAGCCUCGAUCCUUCUUACCUCCGCAGACCAGUUACUUGGGAGAAAAGAUGGACAGAAGGAAGCAGUGACCUUGGAUGCUAAGGAGUUACUGAAAUAUUUCACUCCGCAAGGUUUAGCAAUUGGUGAGCUGCAGCCAUUACAGGUUCAGCGAGGGUAAGUAUAUUUACAAUGUUACCAAGUAUUAGUCCAUGCUCCGAAAUGCUUCAGACUUGAUAAAGGGAGGUUCUCCCAAAGCUGGUCAUUAAAAAAAUAAAUAAAUUCUGUUGGUCCAAUAAAAAGGUAUUACAAGAUACAAAUUUUUUGUUUUUUACAUCUACAAUGUUUCCACGCAGCUAAUAGUGUACUUAAUGUGUGCAUAGCUCAUGAACCUUACAUUGUAUAUAGUAAGUUUACAAAGAAGUGACAAAUCAUGUUAUAUUUGGUAGUGUGUGUUUGAGACAUUUAAAGGGGACCUUAAGCACCAUAACCAGCUCAUCUUAACAGACCCCAAAGGUCAGUGCCAUUAAAUACAAUUCCACCAUCCCUUAUCGCUCUUGUGUGAAAACAUGCAAUCAAUUCACGUUUAAAAAGUAAUGGAUUAACAAUGGAUUUAGUUUUAUGCAAGCAAAGCAAAUAUUUGCCAUCUGUUGGCAGAUAGACAUGCACAGAAGACUUGUGGUCGAAGCAGCAUCCACUAGAUGUCGCUGUUGAACCUCAUUCUUUGUGGGGUUUUUUUUUUUGUUUUUUUGUUUUUUUUUACUCCAUGUGGUCUGCUCUUUAGAAAAGAAAAUACAUGUAGUAGUACAGAAACUUCCAUUGUGUGCAGUACUUUUAAACUAGUAAGGUAAUAGAAGUGAAAAAGUCUAUUCUAAGUUUUAUUUUAUUUUUUAUAUUCCUUAUUGACAGCCAUGUUUCCACAAUCUCUAGCUGAACAAACUCAUUACCGUAUCCCAAGCUGACCGAUAUAAGCGACUCAGUAUCUGAACUGAGCACUUCCUGGCCGCUCUUUCUCACAAUGUUGUCAUUUCCUGACCAUAAUUUGCUAGCCCCGUCCGCAGAUUUUAUCACCCCCCAAGAACACGUACAAAAUGACUAAAUAAUCGUGGACAUUCAUCCACACCAAGGAAUCUGAAUUAUGACAUACUGGCAAAGAAGGUGUAGAGUUUCCUGCCAGUUUGCCAUUUGUAGAACUUUUACAUCCGGUUCUAAGCAAGAACCAUAUGUGAGCUGACAAUCUAGAAGGUAAAUAUACAGUGAGACAAAAGGCCUCCGUGGAGAAAACUAUUAUGAAGAGUGUUAGAAAAAGACAUUUUGGAUUUGAUCAAUUUAAAAUCUGGUGAAAUUAUUCAUUCAAUGGUGAACUCCACACAUUAAGAAGUAUUUUGCUAUAAAUGCCUGCAGUAUGCUGAAACGUGAAAAUGAACCUUUUUUCUGAUUGCUAUGAUGGGACACAGGUGCUGUGUCACUGUUGUAGGUUACCACAGUGCAAAGGAGAAUUGGCUGAAGACGUUCCUUCCUGUGAAACAAAAUCGGAAUAGUUUCAGUGUCAUGUAUUUGGGGCAAGUCCUUUUGGUGGGAUCAUAAAGGAUUUAGCGAUCAUUCCUAUAUGUCUGGGGUUGCUAACUUUUCAUCUUCUGUAAGGCUUUGUCAGUUCAAGGCACCUAGCGUCUAUCUUUCUGGAUUCCAAAUCUAAAUUCAAAUUUUUGUAGAAUGUGUAAGGAAAAGGGUAAAAAAAUACUACCCCUUCAUUUUUCUUUGCAGAAACAUUUCAAGAGGUUUACGAUUUUGAUUUAUUUUUUUCACAGUGUUUAUAAUAUUUUAGCCCUUAACUGCAUUUUAUUUCACUUGCUUCCAAAGUCAUUCUUUGAACUCCCAAGUAAAGUUAACACACUGAAUGUCUGUCAUUAUCUGUAAUUAAGAGAACAAGUUAAUGAAAUAGGUCCCAUUGGAUCUCUGCCUGGACUCUUCUGUUAAUUGCGGUCACCUAUAAACUGAAUACACUGUUGGUCUGCGCUGGCUGACAGCACGUGCACUUGACAUGUGCUUAAUAUCAAAUGGCUGAUUUAGCAAUUUUAGCGGUCUUUAGAUCUACAACAAUUCCUUGUACAGUAUUCUGCAUGGGGAUAAAGUCCAAUAUCUGCUCAUUUAAGCUAUGUGUUAUGUUUUGUUUAGUUGUUUUUUUUCUGCAACUCUGUUAUCAAAAAUGGGGGGAGAUCUUUUUUUUUUUUUAAAUCAAAUUAAUUUGAGUAUUUACAGGACUGAGCAUUAUAAGUAGUCCAGGAUUCCAUGAAUAAUUAAACAAAAACUUGGCAUGAAGCAGCAAUCCUGAGCCAAGUCGAUAGUGAUUAUACAUGGAUCUGAAAACUACCGAAAUCUUACCUGAUUGCUGUUUUGGGUUUUCUUUUCAAAUUGUUCUUUAAACACAGUGUCAUUAAAAUGUCAUUGUUCUGAUCUCCACAAUUAGAUUUGAAGGGAACAUUACAGUGUCGGGAACACAAACAUAUAUUCUUGACACUAGCGUGUUUAACUAUUUAGGUCAUCUACCCGCCCCCUUAGAUCUCAUAAGAGGUUUUUAAACUUACCCAACUUUUGUCCCACACUGUGCAGAUCUCACCGCGGCUGGUCCCACUUCCAUGGCUGAGAUGAUCUCAGCCAAUCCAGUUCUUUCCCAGUGUAAACACGGUUUUUUUUCCUUUAAAAAAAACCUGCAGUGAGAGGCUAAAGACACCAGCUGUAGUGGUUCUGGAGACUACAGUGUCCCUUUAAAUACGUGUAAAUACACAGAAAUUGUGUGUUUGUUGCUAUGUUACGAUGUAUGUUGCAGUGCAUUCCUGUAAUUCCAGCUGCACACAAAAACAUUCAGGCACAUGUUUUGACCCUGUUGUGAUAGACAUAUGCCAGGAGGCUGUCAUAUCAUGUCAUUAGAUAAUAAGAUAGCAGAUAUACCAAGAGAGUCUGACAAUCUCUACAUGCUUGCCUCCACCACCAAACAUUUUAUUCUGCAGUUUUACUCUAGUUCUAGCUAUAUAAGAAAUUGUAGCAAAGCUCAUGAGUGUGGGUAAAUGCUUUUAUAAUAUUGUAAGUCUGCUGUUGUAAAUUGCAUUGUCAAGCGAUACAUCUUGAGGAGUGUUGCAGAAAUGAUUCUGAAGUGGGCAUUUUUAUUGUUAAGAAAUCUUGCAGCAAACGAGUGAUCAAUCUGUCACUAUUAAUUUGCCUCCUGACAUGCUUUAUCAGAAGCCAGAACGCUUAAAUCCCCAAGCCCUGUAUUGCAUCUUGUAAGAUCAUUAUACAGAACAUAACAGAACCACAAUAAAUGUAAAAAACAUUCAAGCCUUCUGUUUUUCUUGUAAACUUUUUUUUAUUUAUUUUCUUCCAGAGAUAACCCAUUCAUUUUAACUCCGGAAUUGACACCACGGAAACUGAAAGGGUUACCUUUUGAAAAAGCUGCUACCUACCAUUACCAUGGCCUGGAGUAAGUAUCCUCGAUAUGUUUUCUGUACUGAAGAAGUUGCUCAGAAUAAGGAGAUUUAAAUAUUUCCCAAUGUUGCUGUUAACGCUUUGGUUUGUCUUUGACAUUUUAGAGGUAUUUACCACUUACAUGGUUUUAUUGGGAUGAAGGCUAUCUCUUUGGAAGCUGACUAUUCUCCUGAUUAUGAAUUUCAAUAUAAUGUAUUGUCUAUAUCACAAAGGUUCUUUUUUUUUUCCCAGCACCUUUUUUAAAAAUGAAGUUAUACCAAAAAGGAACGGUACUAGAUUUGCAGUUAUUUAAAGAAACAUUCUAUUCUCCAGACUAGGGAUCGACCAAUAUAAUUUUUCCAGAGCUGGUGCCGAUACAGAUCAGACACCUUUUGGGCUAAUUCCAAUAACCUGUGCCAAGAUUCUGUACAUUUAACAUUUGAAAAAGCAACACAAUUUCUACUCAUUAAAGGAACAUUGCUGUCUGCAAUCACACUCCUAUCACUUUCAGGCAGCUAGCUCAGUAAAUUACAGUAAAAAGUUUCACUAUCUCAUCUCCAUGCCUUUAGCUGAGCUAUGAAUGCAGGAACUCACAGGGAUAGGGGGGACAUUUAGGUUGCAACGUGACUCCUCAUUGCUGGCGCCUGGAGUUCUCUGAUUUUGGAGGAUGGCAUGCGUUGACUGGGAGAGAUGAGUAUAUCAGGGAAUUACAAGACCGAUUAUUGGUAAAAAUGCAGAAUAUUGGCUCAAAUAAUCAGCGGAACCGAUAAUUGGUCUACCCAUACUAUAAACCUACUACUUCCUGUUGUGAGGGACUACCUAUUCUUGUCUCCUUACUACCUACUACCUAUUAAUUGUUAUACCAAACAUCUUACUCUCAAUCUUAGUAUAAAGAAAACCAAUGCUUUAUAUGAGAAGGCCGGUACAGAAUCUAAAGCUGUGAAAAAUAAAAACCUAAGCUAAUUUGGCAAAUUUGCAAAAGCCCUACCUCUAAUUUCUCACGGGCGGCUCCCUUCCUAUGUAAUAGCCUGCCUACCGCCAUCAGACUCUCCCCUAGUCUUCAAUCAUUUAAGAAGUGCCUCAAAACCCAUCUCUUUAGGAAAGCUUAUGGCCGCCCAGAGUAACCUCUACCUCACAUACCUGUCUCUUGCUUUCUCCUAAAGGGCAACACUUUACUCUCUCCUCCAGCUCUGCUUCACUCCCACCUUAUUUGAUUGCUAUUUCCUGUCCUAAUGUGUUUUAUACUCCACCUCCUAUACACUGUAAGCUCGUUUGAGCAGGGUCCUCCUCCUCAUAUUGUUCCUGUAAUUUUUUUUUUUGUAAUUGUCCUAUUUAUUGCUAAAUCUCCCCCUUUUAUAAUAUUGUAAAGCGCUACAGAAUCUGUUGGCGCUAUAUAAAUGCCAAUAAUAAUUAUAUUUACUAAUAGUUUAAUUUGGUUUCGGUGAAUAAAAAUACUCUACUAGUAAAAUAUUUUAGACCAUCUCUGGUCUCUGCAGACCCUGGAGAUCUGCAAAAAAAAAGUGGUGGACCUUCGCAGCAAUGUAUUUUUAUAUUAAAAAUAAAGUAUAUAUAUUUACGUGCAGUAAUAUUAUCUGCACAAUGCUUAAUAUGGGGCUUAAAAGUGUUCGCUUUUAUUUAGUCAUAUGGAUGGGUAUUGUAAAGCGGACUUUAGUUGAUAGUUUCCCUUUUAAAUUGUUACAAUUUAUUUGCAAAUAUAUAAUUCGUAAAUGAAUUAAAAAUGUUUGUGUCAAAUUUCUAGUAUUUUUGGGAAUUACGGCAUUUGGUUAAAAUAUGGCAGAUCUUUAGGAAAGUCUGUUGCAGAGUGCUAACGAUAAAGUGAGUUGUAGCCUCUCAGCUGGAGGAUAAUGUUUGCCAAACUUGCAUCUUGCAGCUGCUAAUGUACAGUUUUGUGCCAGCAGAUUAGCACUAAUGUACUGCCUCUCAGGCUGUAUUGUUACUUUGUCAUCUGUAACUUGAAACAGAACAGGCGUUAACAAAUGGUCUGUAUGGUGUUUUUAAAAAGUCUUGGCGGAGGAUAAGAAUUUCAUUUAUAAACCCUUAAAACAAGUAAAUAAAAAUCGAUUAAAAUUGUUUUGUGCCUAAAGUUUUUUUUAUAUAUUUAUUUAUUUCACUUCUGAUCCUUUUUUUUUAAUUUUUAAAGAUAUUGUCUCGAUAACCGAAAAGCUCUGGAUCGAGAUGUGGGGUUUACAGAGCUUCAGUCUCGCCUUAUUCGCUAUGAAACACAGACGACCUGUACGCGAGAGUGCUGCCCUAUUCCAUUUGCCUUAAGCCCCCUGGCCUCACCAGCUGUUCUUUCCGAGCCUGGCAGUGUGCCCGAUGGGGAAUCGUUACAAGGUGACCUCAGGGCAGACCCAUUAAGGCUGAAAAGACGUUCAAAGGAACUUGAUGGACUGUACGCCAGCAAGAGGUAAUAUAAAGUAACUUUAAUAUACAUAAACUGCGUGCCUGAGAGUUCAUUGUAAUUCACAAUGACUUUGAAUAUCUGUCAGCACAGGUAGAGUAGAUGCAACACUUAGCUCUGUGAACAACUUUUAUUUACAUAAAGUGACUUUUCUCACAUCUGGUUGGUCACCUCCUUUGAUGAAACUGGUCAAGUAGCCUACUAAACCCUAAAGAUAGAUAUUUUAAAACUUUUGCUCCACCUAUAGCUUCAAUCCACAAGCUCAUAAAAACAGAAACCAAACUCCACAUACCCAAGCAUCUCUAGGGAAAUCAGAUUUAUGGAAAUGAUUCUAGAUACUGUUUGUCAGAAUAUUUGUAUCUCUGGUGAAAUGGGGAAAAGCUAAAGGUUAUUCCAUCCCAGUUUGCUCAUUGAGGAAACGUAUUGAAAUUUUAGGCCAAGUCCCAUGGGCAAAAGCAACACAGAUCUGUAGAAGCACAUUUUCUGGAACAUUGGGACCUUUCCCUCAAGAAAUCUGUUAACAGAACCUUGAGAUGAUGGAAAGAGACAUUUGAGCUCUGCACUAAAGGUUUCUCUUUCAGUAGAUGGUACAACUGGAUCAUUUGAAACUUGCUGCACCUGUCAUGUUUGUAGACUUUUCUCCAAAUUUUUUUACAUUGAUUCUUUGAGUUGAAGUUUUGUUUGUUGGCGAUGCAAGGUUUUUCUAAAGGGAUUUACUUUUCUACCAAGACAGUGCACACGUUCCAUUUUCCAUAGGGGACUGUAUGAUUAUCUUUUGUCGAAUUUGUAAAAACUUGAGACCCCUUCAGAGGGGACUAGGUCUUCUUUUGGGAGGGUAUUUUUUUUUUAUCUAUGUAGUUCUUUUAGAUGUCUGUGUACAAAUCUUUAAAGGAACACUAAAGGGUGAGGAACACAACCAUGCAUUCCUGACCAUAUAGUGUUAAAAUCACCAUCUAGCAGCCCCCCUUGCCUGCCUAAAUAAAGUAGAAUCUUCCUUGUAUUCAAGUCUGCAGCUACUGCCUCUGCCCCUGAUCUGCCUGUUUGGCUGACAUCAUCAGAAGUGAUUAUGUGAACCAAUCAGAAUGCUUUCCUGUAGGAUUGGCUGAGACUGUCAAGGAGGCAGAUCGGGGCAGAGCCAGCAUAAUUCAAACACAGCCCUGGUCAAUCAGCAUCUCCGUAUAGAGAUGCAUUGAAUCAAUGAAUCUCUAUGGGGAAAGUUCAGUGUCUCCAUGCAGAGGGGUGAGACAAUGAAUACUGUGCAGCACUGCCCCAGGAAGCUCCUCUACCACCUCUAGUGGAGGUAUCCCUAGGCUGUGAUGUAAACACUACAUUUUCUCUGAAAAGACAGUGUUUACUGCAAAAAGCCUGCAGGGAAUGAUUAUACUCACCAGAACAAAAUAAAUAAGCUGAAGUUGUUAUGGUCACUAUAGUGUCCCUUUAAAAUUUUUAAAAACAAUCUAUAUCUCUGAUAAGUUACCUCAUCUGGUCGUCAGUCUGGCUUUUACCUGCUUUGAUGUUUUUCCCACAAGCUGCAGAAAUACAUGUUCUGAAAGAAACAUUUUGUUUGGAUCUUACACAGAAUGUUGAAACAAUAUGUUGCUGUUUUCAGGAAGACCAUUAUUUUCAUAGUGUUUAGAAAGGUUUCAUUGUAUCAGAAUCCAUCAUAUCAUAUGGUGGAUUAAGGAAGCUAAUUCAGAAACCUAUACAAUCGCUGGCCAUGCUACACACCUGCAUUUCAUCAAAACCUGCUCUACAAAGGGGAUGUCUACGAAUUGGGCAGCUAAUUAGAAGAUUUGUAUAACGACCUUGUGUUCUUCAUUGGAUGUGUUCAGGAGGCAUUCUCAGUUGCUGGCUUCGGUGCCAUCUUUAGGUAAAAGUGUUUCAGGUGAUGGUUAAGAACUGAUUUCUGUUUGACUUACCCUAGAUAUCUUCCUUGUUACAUCCUUUAAUAAGUGCUAACACUUUACAUAUGGAAAACAUUUUCUAUAUGCCAUGGAAACGAUUCUUUUAUAGUACACAUGGCAAUAUGCCUUCUUACCUCCUUAUGGUUUUAUUUAAUUGUAUCUUAGAAUUUAGUGCCCUAUGUCGUCUUGGGGCAUGCAGGGUUUAGCUGCCAGUUUUAUUUGUUUCUGAUAAGGCGGAGCACAAGUUUUUAUUUUGAAGUAUUUGUGUUGUCCAGUAUUCUAUCUGUCCAGCUUUACUAAAUAAGAAACUAUCUAUUGGCCAGUACAGCCUCUUAGACUAUUAAACGUAUAUGGUAGUGCCAAUUUUAUAUGCAAUUUUCUAAUCCACAUCGAUAUAUUUGUGAUUUACACAGUGUAAACCAGUUUGUAUAAAUGUGGUUUAUACAUAGCGCCAACUCACAGCUGAUCAAGCUACAUGCACAUGAUGAUGUCAUUAACAGCCCUCCCAUACCCCAAGCUCUAUGAAGGCUUCAUCAGGGGACCACUUUCUGUUACUAUUGAAGUAGCAAGAGACACUCAUUUCCAGAUAUAAUAUAUACAAGAGGCCUAGUUAUUUUCUCCUUUAUUGAUUUGAUCUAAAAAUAAUUGCCAUUCUUAUGGAAUGCAUUCAGUGACUUCAGCGACUGUAUCAGCUUGCAUGUUGGUUUCUGUAGACAAAUUAAAGGAGGGCAAAAAAAUAACAAUUCAAAGGGUACUAGCAGUAAGUAUUAUCCCCUUUUUUGCUUUGCUUCUUUCUGUAAAAAACAAACAAACUUAAAAUCUAACAUUUCUGGCACUUUAUAAUAUUGUUACAUUUUUGAUCUUUAAUAAUCCUUAUGUGUUCAAAUUAAAAUCGCGUUUACCGGUUGCAUCGCUUAUGAAGUGUUAUGGGGUUCACCCAAUCUGUGCUUCCAGUAUUUCAGAAAGUAGUAACUUUUUUCAGACAUAUGUAAAUUUGUGGGACUGCUUGCUGUCAUGCCAACUAUAUCACUGGACAUAGCCAUAAAAGUCCCCGUUUUUAUUUUCAUAUUGUAUCCGCAAAGUCUAGCUAUAGAGUAGAUGUGUGUAUUUUCCUCCUGCUGGUAUAAAUGUAUUUAAUGCUAUUCUCUUUGGGCACUGUUACACACUGUCGUAGGUCCUCAGUCGUCAUACUGUACGUCCAGACAUGCAUGUCUAAUUAACACCUCUUUAGUACUUACACAACUGCAAAAAAAAUGUUUCGGCAGGUAUUAGAACAUUCUAUACAGUAAGAAUGCUUUCAUAACUAUACCUGUUAAUGCAUUUGUAUCAAUUACCAGAAUGCGGUGUGCCGUUUUCUUAAAAAGGAUCUUGGUAGGUUGUUCAAAAUAACUUGGUGAACUAACCACCGUUGAUCUAUGGGUUUUGUAAGUCCUCGAUACCCAGACUUGUUUUACACUGUUACACUGUAUGUUUUUGUACAGUAGUGUAUGUCUAAACUCUUAAUGCAAUCCAUCACUUUUCCAGCAUGUCUGUGACCUGUUUAGUUGUAUAGAGUUUACUAUUUCCCCGUUUGUUGGCAGUCAAACUUGUAAAUAGGCUAUUCGUGGUUAGCUCAUUGUCCAUCAGAUAAUCUCACCUCUAUCUUGCUUCUCUGGAACUACAGCAAAAAGAUAACGAUGAAUCCUAGAAAUAUAAUACUAUAGUUUUACUUGUUUGAAUGAACGUUCUGUUGGUAUCUAUGGCAAUUCCCACACUUUUAGUACUUUGCUAUAGAUUUACUCAAAUAAUAAAAUAAUCAGCUUUUUUUCUUUGUGCGCAUAGGGAUUUAAAAAAAAAAAAAUAUAUAUAUAUAAUAUUCUAUCAACUAGGAAAAGCAAACGGCAAGCCUAUAUACCAAGCAGUGAAGCACCAAACAGCAGUAAAAUCCAAUCUACGUGUUCCACAAAAUACACUUUAUACAGACCGCAGACUUCUCUAUAAAUGAGUCCCUGAUGUUGUUGCGCUGUUUGGGAGUCCUGCUAUGUGUUUCUUGAUUCUUUUUAUAAAUGUAUGGAAUAGGCCUGGGUGAUGAAAUCUUGUACAUGUGUGAAUGGUAAGAGAGACUGUAAGAGAGUGUGACAAGAAGGCAGAACCUUCAUAGCUUUAGUGUAAUUUUAAUGGAGAAUUGGUGUUCUUUCAGCUCACAUUUAUUGGUCAUUUUUAUAAUCGAGGCCUCAGAUGUGUACUUUUUUUUUUUUUUUUUUAUACAGCUUUUACAUACUGUAUAAAGGUUAUAAACUGCAUAAACCUUUAAUUCAAUAUUUUCAUAUAGAUUUGCAAAAUCUGAAAGCUCAGAUUCUCUGAUGUCUCACACAAGUGAAAGCAGUGGAUGCCAGCAGCCGUGCAGGGUCACCAGGACGCGACCGGAAAAAGCUGUCUUUAUGUCUUCAACUAGUCAUCUUCCCAGUUCUCGAUCACAAUCGCUAUCGAGUAAACCAGCUCCAGCCAAGCAAAUUUCACAACCCGAGCAAGAGAACAAGGAGUCAAGAUCUCAAAAACACAACAGGGUAAGGUUUUCUUAUCAGAUGAUUGCAAACAUUGAGAUUUACUUGCAUGAAAAAUAUAAAGAAAAAAGAAAAGUGAGUACUCACCCGUUUUCAGUAUACCAAGGUAGUGAAUGGUAUACAAUGGAUCAACAGAAAGCCCCUUCUCUCCCAAUAUUUCAGUAAUUUAUUGUGGCAUACAAGUUUAUUGUACAGUGAUUCUGGAACCUUAAGAGUCCAUUAAAUGCAGAUUCUAGAUAUUACAGUUGUGAAGGGGACUACGUGCCUGUAGUAUGUUCAGCUAUUGGCGUGAAAGAAAAUAAGAUAUCGAAGCAAAAAUGUUUAGGACAUUAGGCCUCAAUUUAAUUGUUUUGGAUGCAUCUAUCACAAUAUGGGUACAUGAUCACCCACACAAAUUGGAAAAUUAACUAAAUCAAUGGUUUGAAAACCAAGUAGCUGCCCACGGGGGAGUUUGAAAAUAUUUCCAUAGAGUAAUGUGAAUUUCAUAAUUUCUACAAAGUAAAGAUAUUCUCUAAUAUGACAUUUACUGUUUAACCUAAAUGAGCUCUGCAAGUUUCACGCCCAAGAUGAUGGAAGCACAACUGCUGUAAUCCGUGACAUGAUACAUUUCACUGUGUCUGAAGAAGUAUUUUCCUUGGAAACUGAAUUGUGUUCACAACAUCUGCUGUCACAUUGAUAACAAGCAGGUUUUAAGAGCCAUCCAGGUUUAGAUUAUUUCUUGAUUUGGAAACGUUGGAAGCUAAGAUAUUCCCCAGGAUAACAACGCAUUUGCCAGAGUCUCACAUGCCUCAUCAAUAAAACUCGUUAAUUUACUCUCACACGUUAGGAUGGGCAAACGGGAUUUUGGAAUUUGACUUAUUACGAUUUGUCACUGUGUACAUUUUUCUGUUGUUGCUAUGUUUUUUUUUUUUUUUCCUCCUUUUAUUUAAUCUUUAAAUGAAUGUGAAACUCUAGAUUCACCGUGUGCUAAAACAGCUCAAAAGAGAACUAAGUAAUGUAAAAAGCACUAGUCUAGGGUUAGUCUCUGUAGGCAUCCACUUUGGAGCACGUGCUCACUCCCUUUAAAGGUGUUGCACACUUUCUCUUCAUUGGAUGGCCGCUUUUGCUGUAGUUUUACAUUCUGACAGUUUCCUGCCGUAUUAGUUUAAUGAUAAUUUAUGGGGCAGUGCAGGUUGAACAGCUCUUUUUGUAAAUGUUAACAAAACAUCUACACAGAAAACAAAUUAUUCAAGCUCUCCGAUAUUGAGAUAGUCAUUGGAAGCUGCAGAAAGAAAGAACAAGAAUACAGUUCUUGGCACCUUGCCUGUAUAGUGUGUGUGUGCCUGGGAACUCCCCUUGCGUGCACACACAUGAUCUGGGUAUGACCAACCCUGGCCAACGAGCUGCUGUUUGCUUGUAAUUUCUAACUAUAUCACUUUGCAGAUAAUUCUGUGUAAAAUCAUCCUGAAUCAGCAGCAUGUUAGAGGUGUUCUUAAAGUAAAGAAAAAACAUAAAUAACGGACCAGUCCUCCGAUAUAGUCAUCCUUCUAUAUCUGGUCAUUUCAGGCAACUAGAACAUUAUUUAUGUUUGAGUUGUUUUUUGUUUGUUUUUUGGGGCGUUUGGUCUUUGGUUUUGCUUUUUGGGGGGGGGGGUUUGGUUUUUUUUUGAAGACCUCUAAAAAUACUAAAUCUUGGUUUUUCAUCAUUUAGUGAAUACUGCCAGAAAGAUUACCCCUUUCACCCCCCCGAAACUAAAUUGCUUCAUUUUAUCAGCUCGCUGUCUGUUAACCAAAGAAGAGACUCUGCGAUAUACUCCUACGGCUCUUGUUUUAUUCCAACUGCUGCGUGCAAAGCAGGAUUUUCUUUCAUUCACUCUCCUGGGCAAAGCUUGAGUAUAAACAGAGGUGACGUGCAAAUGAGCUAUUGAAACAGGACUUCUCGUUUCUUUUAAAGGUUUUCUUACAUUGUAUAGUAAGUGAGCUAAGGAGGGGACACUCCCAUCAAUCAAGAUCUGCCUUUGCCAUAUUAGCUUUCUGUUAAUCCAAAAAAAAUCACUCCUCCAGCCACUGCCAAUUAGAUCUUCAGAGGAAGAUAAAAUGUUCUUCUUUUCUCCUGUCCCAGUGGAUUCACUUCCAACCUUUAUUUAAAUGAAAUGAUGAAUUGCUACAAUUCUCUCUACAGGUAUUUGUAGUCUCCACAUCCAAACAGACCCAGUAAUUUACUGCAGUUUAACCCAUUCGUUAACUUUAGGUUAUGUCUAAUUUGUGGCAACACAUUGGGAAACAGAUGUUGCAUUUAUGUUUCCAGCACUUUCUGUCUCCCAUGGAUAAAUCUGCUUUCAGUAGUUCAGAGGUGGCAGACGUGCUAUUGUAUUUCAACCCCCAUGUAAUCUUAACAAAGAAUCGUGUUGGACGUUUCCUACUCUUGGAACUCUUUGCUUCCCAGCGUAAUGAUAUCCCAACUGCUGUACGUGAAUUUUAGAAGGCGGUUCCAGGAUUUAGACAGAGAAUCUUUAUUUAUAUUGUUUGAUUAAAAUUCUGAAGGUGUGAAGAUCCUCUUGGUGAGUGAUAAUGCCAUUCAGCAUGCAGCAGGUUCAGAAAAUGUAAUAAACGAUUAAACUGACGCGUAAAUCUGCAGUCUGGGAACGUUUAGGAAAUGCACUGGAUUUAUAGAGGAGUCCGGUCACCCAAUCUCAGCUACCCUGGAAAAGUAAAGAAGUCCGUACCAAAAGCAAAACAACACAGGACAUUAGUGUAGUGGGAAUGUAUAACACGUGAGAGGUAUGCUCAUACAAACUUACAAUCUAGGGCUAUGUAUGGUCUAUUGACUAAGUACUUGUCUGUUCCAACAGAACAUAGGUGUGUACGUAAGGAUAUAUUUAUGAUUAUAGCAUUUCAUAACAAUUGAUGUUUCAGUCCCAUCCUAGGUAUUUUUCACAUAAAGUUAAAUAAACAUCACUUUCAAUUCAUCAUCUUUUUUUCUUCUUCUUCAGAUGCUGAAGGAAGUGGUAUCGAAAACACUUAUAAAACACGGUAUUGCCGAAAACCACCCGUGCUUCCAAUCAUGCAGUCAGCGACUCUUUGAAAUCUCCAAAUUCUUCUUAAAGGUUUUGUAUGAGUUUCUAUAUGUUCGUAGUAAAAAGCCAUUAAAAGAAGAAAAACUACCACAACAAGAGGACAUAGUCUUAAAUCAGAGAGGCAAAGGUUUAAAAAUAAUAUCAGGAAGUAUUACUUUACUGAGAGGGUAGUGGAUGCAUGGAAUAGCCUUCCAGCUGAAGUGGUAGAGGUUAACACAGUAAAGGAGUUUAAGCAUGCGUGGGAUAGGCAUAAGGCUAUCCUAACUAUAAGAUAAGGCCAGGGACUAAUGAAAGUAUUUAGAAAAUUGGGCAGACUAGAUGGGCCGAAUGGUUCUUAUCUGCCGUCACAUUCUACGUUUCUAUUACCUCUUUACACUCGCUGAGUAAAAUGCAACUGAAACAUUACUUGGCAUCCCAUUAAUUCUCUAUAUAAUUAUCUAUAUGUUGUACUAGACAAAUUGCUGAAAUGUGUUAUUCUACUCAAGUGCACCCUUUGUGUGGAUGACACAUUUACAUACAUUUAAACGGAAAUUAAAAGCAAACAAAGUUGUCCUUGAAAUGGUCUGUCCCAAUAGACAUACUUUUGUACUUUUUUUUUUUUUUGCAAGAUAAAAAAAAAGCCUUUUAAUGAAUAAGUUUAAUGCUCAAUCAUAAUGCAUAUAAAAAUGCAGAAACACAUUCAUAGGAGAUAAAGAUUGGUCGGUCAUCUAAACAGUAAACACAGUGCAUGAACUAAAGAAUUAGAAAAGAAAGUACAUUUUUAUUUGUGAAGAAAAGGAUGCUGUAAACACGUAGGGUCGGUAAAGAUGACAUUUUUCUGUUGCAUGUUCAGAAUUGUUCUUUAAAACAGUAUGGCAUGUUCUUCGGAAAGGGAUUUGAAUGGCUCCUUUUCUAGACUCUAUCUAUAUUUUGCUUGCUUAAUUGAUGCAGGACACCUUGUGGAUUAUAUUUUGGAUUUACUAAUAUUUGCCUCUUAAUGUGAUUUAGGAUCUGAAAACUUCAAGAGGUCUCCUGGAUGAAAUGAAAAAGGCUGCAAAUAAUAAUGCCAAACAGGUCAGUUCAAAUUUGCUCCUGCGGUGGAAAAGAGGAAUUGAUAGAAUAACCACUCCAUGUGAUUUGUAAACCCCAUAAUUUUAUACUGAUAAUUUGGAACACAUCUUGGUCUCUUAAAAUAAAGUUCAGUCUCCUAGAAAACUCACACAUAAGAAGAAACCUACAUUUUAUAGGAUUACAAUUUUAUACAAGUUUUCGUUAUCUUGAUUCUUCCAAGAGUUCUUACAUAAGCUAAUGGUUAUUUUGUAUCCUAUGUUGUCAUUAUUACCAUAUGGUGGAUAUUUUUACCCAAGUCAUCCUGUGGAAUGAGAUGUGUGGUUAUCCAUUUGCCCCAUACCUCCAUGCUGGUUGGCUGUUAGCAUUUCCUUCUCCAUGGUAGUGUGCUGUUGGCCAUACCUGUUGGGUAUUGAGCAUGUCUCUUUAGCAGUCCGUACCAUCUCAUUCUCCUUUCGUGUUGCUGUUAUCCACCCCACAGAUCUUUAAUAAUGUGCAAUAUAGGGUUUGCAGAAGAUCUAUGUACACAUGCAAAUAGUCUGUCAUAGAGUAAAUAGCAUUUCAAUCUAGAAGAACUGUUUCAUUACAAAGAGAACACUGAUUUAAAAAAAGAAAAUAAAUAAUUUGUUUACUUUUUGGUGGUAUCUUCCUGUUGGUAAACAGAAAAAGAAUUGGAUGUAAACUUAAUAGCUUCACUUGCUGCCAAUAAAGUAGACUGUUGUAAUGGCUGAAGUGAAUGAUACUAUAUUGUUAGAUGUACACAUAUACAUACUCCAGAACGGAUUCAGUUGCAUUUUUGAAUUUUAACUCUUAAACCCAUAAACACAUAUUUUCACGUUCGAGAACUGAUAGUGGCACUGCAUCAUGACAUUUCACCCUUUAGACUAUGCGUUUCCUUGCAGAACUAUUUGAUAUGUGUUACGAACGCUGUUAGUUAUGGUACCUUGUUCGCCUAUUCCUCCCGAACUGCUGAGCCUUAGUGAUUAUAGCUGCAGCUCAGGUGUAGUUAUGAAUAGUUCCAGACGAAUGCAGCUUUCAAGACGGUUCUCCCCAGCCAGUAGAUAGUUACCCAAACAUGAGCCUAGACUUCAGGAAUUAAGGUUUAUUGAUGCCACACUGGCUUUUAUGCAAGUCCCCAUGCAAGGGGACCUUGUUGGGCACCAGGACACAAAAGUUACAAAACCAAUAGAAUUACAUGGACAAAGUGAAACACUCCCACUGCAUACAAUCCCCUCCUCUCUGCUUGUGAGAUAAUUAAGUAAGCUAAAGGAUAACCCAAUUAUCUCCAGGCAGAAAAAAGUACCCUAAAAUACAUGGUAUCCCCAUAAAUGACAUAUCCCCUGAUAGCCCUGAUCUGGGUGACCAACAUAUUAAAAAAUCACCCAGAUCGGUUCAGGGGUUUUCGAAAAGUAUGGAAGUCAUAUUUUACCGACCGCACACGAGGCUCCUGUCCAAAACAGUUCCAUGAAUUCAGUAUGUGCAGUCAGUCUAUUUUGAAAAAGUAAAAUAAGCGAAUGAAAGCACCAACGGAGCCCCAUGGCUCAUAGGAGCGAUUGUUCCCCUUGUUCGUGGGAACUAAACUACCGAACGGUGCUCUCCUAGCUGUUCGUGGAAAGAAAGCAGAUGUUCGCAUAUUUUUUGCGGUGUUCGGGAAGUAGAGUGUCCGAUUUUAGUUCCAGACACUCGACGACCAAGUCUGCUGCCUCCUUUCUUCAAAACAAGAUGGCCGCCAUUUUCUCUGCUACGUGGCGUUCGGCUAUAUGAACGGCGGCCACCCAGAGAGAGCGCCCAAUUGACAGUUCCCUUUGUAGAUAAUGAGUCAGAUAAAACAUGAAAAUAACGAAUGUUCUUACAAAAGUCCCGAAUUCAAAGUCUAUUUUCGUCACAAUAUGACUCUGGUAUGCUGUGUUGGUUAUCACCAUAGUAUACAAGCUUGUUGUUAUAAGACCCUAUUUUCUGGAGUUUGGCCCAUCUAGGUCGGUUUUAUUACAUUCUUUAUGUAUCAGUGUUGCUAGGAAAGGGACUACAAUGUUCAUUUUGUUUAUCUAAAAGUCAACCACUUGUCUAUUGAGUGGAACUCCUGACGAGUGAUCUUUUGUCAUUUUUGUGCCUUCUUAAUGUUACACACUGGAGACUCUCUACAGCCAGGUCAUGCUCUGAUCCUUAAUAUCAUUUAAUAGCAAUUGACCUGUGGGUCAAUGAAAUGUCUGUGCAAAGCCUGAGUGUUCCUAUGUUUUGUGGUGCUAAUGCAUGUGCUUGGUUCUCUUGCUUCAUUAGUAAUUCAGGGGCCCUACUAACCAUAUACAUGUUAAUUUUCCUAAGAUACUAUUCCUUUGCACUGCAUUUAAAAAAAAAAAGGUUAUUCCAAAGAAAACAAUGUUUUAACAAAACACCCUUUUUGAUGUAAUAAAUCUUGAUUGCACAUUCUCCACCUUCCCACCGCCCUUUAAAAAAAAAAAAAAAAAAAAAAAGCAAAACCUACUUGCGAACCUCUACCAGUGCAAAUUACUGCUUGUAGCCUUGCCCUCCUUCCAUGACCUCACUCGUUGCAGAGGGAAGGUUGUCCAGGAGGCAGGGCUAAAGUAGGGCAUAGGAUGACACGAGGAGAGGGCCAUGCUGCCAUUGUUCAGCAGUUGCUAGAAUGGUAUGCAUGCUGAUGACAGAUGCCUUUUAUGCACAGAAUUGACAUCAGCAGCCUGGAACUUUGGUUAUUAUGCAAAUAACAGGACAGAUUCAUUGUGAAAGCUACUAGAUUAUUAGGUUCAUUCCAGUAAGUCCACAGUUCAACAGCUGUUCGGCAGUUAAUAUUCCUACACCUCCUAUAAGUUACAUUCCACAACCCAAUGUGCACCUUGAUGCUCGUAAUUGUUAGAUCAGGGUGUGGCGAAGUGGCGUGUCUGUGCUCAGCCUCUCAAUUUGAUCUAGGAUGUCAUUUCUGUGAAUGGAGAGAAAGAGAAGAUGAAGAGAUGAAAGAGAAUGUAUUUGUUUUUUGUUUUUUGCUAGAACAGUAUAUAGAUUAGAUUAUUCUUGGCUAAAUGCGAACUUUGCAUUCACAUGAUGUGAAGAUAUGAUAUGAUAUAGACAAUAUGCUCUCUUUAAGUUUUAGUAUUAUCACUGAGAAUGGAAAAGGAGGAUACCCUAACAAACCAGUGUGUUGGUGCCAAAUACCUGUAACUGUUUGAUCCUAAACUAGUUCUCAGCUGCUCAAACAUUCACAGCCAGUUAUCAGUGUUAACCCCAGCUAACUACAAUAUGAAUAUUUAGUAGUGUGCCAAUUUUUCAUGAGGCAAAACAUUAUCAUCGAUCUUGUAGAAACUCCUAGUUUGUUACCUUCUAACCUGUCUGAUCUGCAUGAGUAAUUUCAGCUCCAGCUUUGACAUAGAGUCCAUCUGUCUAGGUUCGGGGCCUGCACUGUUUGUGCCCAAUUUUCUUCCACUGUCUACUUUAGUUAUACUCGUCUGUUCACCCAAGCGUUUGACGAGUGUUCUUAGCUUUUUCUUCCAUUUUUUUUUUUUUUUUGGUGUGUAAAGCCUGACAAUAACAGCAGUGCUAUAUAACCAGUUCUUAGGAUUCUGGUUUUCGACUAAUCAUCUUUCUUUUUUUUCUCCCUCAGGUCAUUCAAUGGGAAUUGGAUAAGACAAAGAAGAAAUGACACCAAGAGAAAGAUCUAAAUUGUAUUUAUAUAAUAUGUUUUUUUUUGUGUGUGUGUGUUUUUUUGGGGGGCGGGGGGUAAAGGAGGGAAUACUUGAUUUUUUUUUUAUUUGAUUUUUUUUUUACAAAAACUGGCUGUACUUGUUUCUGAGAUAAAGCUAUAUUUAGAUUUAAAUGGCUUUUACUUUUUUUUUGUGUGUUCUUAAAUAAAUGGUGUUAUAUUUUCUUCCUUUAACAAA